UGUCACCGCCGCCCACCCAAAACUUUUCGCUGCGCCUCGGCCGCCCGCCCCGCCGCCGCGGGAGGGUCCCGCCGCACCCCCGGCCCCGGAGCGGCGGCGGCGGAGCGACCCCGGCGGGGCCCAUGCAAGGGCCGAGGCGGCGGCGGCGGCCCGGGGGCUUCAGCCAGGAGAGGUCCGCGGGCAGCUCCACCAUGUCGGAUAGCGACUUCGGGGAGGACGACAGCGCCACAUCGCCGGACCCCUCGCAGGCCAGCAAAAGGAAGAGAAGGGGCAACCUCCCGAAGGAGUCCGUGAAGAUCCUGCGGGACUGGCUGUACGAGCACCGCUUCAACGCCUACCCCUCGGAGCAGGAGAAGCUCAGCCUCUCGGGGCAGACCAGCCUCUCCGUGCUGCAGAUCUGCAACUGGUUCAUCAACGCCCGCCGGCGGCUGCUGCCCGACAUGCUGCGCAAGGACGGGAAGGACCCCAACCAGUUCACCAUCUCCCGCCGCGGGGGCAAGGCCGGGGACGUGGCGCUGCCGCGGGGCGCGGCCGCCGGCUCCGGGGUGCUGGUGGUGCCUCCCGUGCCGGCCGCCGGCGCCUCCAAGGUGCUGUCGAUGUCCGUGUGCCCGCAGGUACUGUGCCACCCGGUGCGGGCGCUGGGCGGCGGCCUGGCGGUGCUGAGCGCCCAGGGCGGCGCCGACUGGGAGCAGCCUCCCGGUGCGCGGUCGGCGGAGCCGGAGCCCGCCGCCGCCCCCCGCGGCGCCCCGGGCGGCACCGCCGCGCUGCUGCGGGCCGAGGCCGCCAGCCCCACCAGCGGACUCUUCAACACGCCGCCCCCCACGCCCCCCGAGCUCUGCGGCGACGACUUCAGCGGCUUCCAGCUGCUGGUGGAGGUGGCCCUGCAGCGGGCGGCGGAGCUGGAGUCGCAGCGCCGCGGCGGGCAGCUGCCCCUCGCCCCCCGCGCCCAGCCCCCCGCCGCCUCCGCCGCCAAAUAACCCCCCCCGGGCCGGGCCCCGCGGCCUGCCCUUCUUCGGGGGGGUGCCCGACCCUGCCGGCCUCACGCCCCCCGCCC